AUGGAAACUCUUUACUUCAUACAGUUAUGGAGUACAUCGGUAUGGAAUGAGGAAGUCAAAAAGGUGAUCAGGCAUUCAUCCUCAUCAUCCAUCCUCAUCAUCCAUCCUCAGCAUUCAUUCUCAGCAUUCAUCCUCAUCAUCCAUCCUCAUCAUCCAUCCUCAGCAUUCAUUCUCAGCAUUCAUCCUCAUCAUCCAUCCUUAUCAUCCAUCCUCAUCAUCCAUCCCCAUCAUCUAUCCCCAUCAUCCAUCCUCAUCAUCCAUCCUCAUCAUCCAUCCUCAUCAUCCAUCCUCAUCAUCCAUCCUCAUCAUUCAUCCUCAUCAUCCAUCCUCAUCAUCUAUCCUCAUCAUCCAUCCUCAUCAUCCAUCCUCAUCAUCCAUCCUCACCAUCCAUCCUCAUCAUUCAUCCUCAUCAUCCAUCCACACCAUCCAUCCUCAUCAUUCAUCCUCAUCAUCUAUCAUCAUCAUCCAUCCUUAUCAUCUAUCCUCAUCAUUCCUCCUCAUCAUCCAUCCUCAUCAUCCAUCCUCAUCAUCUAUCCUCAUCAUUCCUCCUCAUCAUUCAUGGAUUUCACCUCAUGA